AUGUGCCAACGCUACAUGAAGAAGCUUAGAGAUCGCUGCUUCAAAACAGCUACUACUGCACCUGAUGCCAACACCCCCCUCACUGUAGAUGAACUCCAGCAUGCAGAACGACUGAUACUGAGGCUGACUCAAGAGGAAGCAUUUCCAAAGGAAAUUCGAGCCCUCAGCAAACCCGAUGGUCUUCCUAAUGGCGAGCAGCAAGGCCCAGGAAACCCCCUGAACAAGAGCAGUCCUCUGUAUAUGCUUGACCCAGUCAUAGAUGAAACGAAGCUGUUGAGAGUCGGUGGACGCAUCAAGCAAGCCAAAGCACCUAAAGAGAUCAAGCAUCCCAUCUUGCUUCCACGUCAUGGCCACGUGACUGACCUGGUGAUUGAACACUACCAUGUUCAGAGUUGUCACUCAGGCCGUGGCAUGACACUGAAUAGCAUUCGCCAAGCUGGCUUUUGGAUUCUGGGGGCAAGAUCAGCUGUUACCAGCCAUAUUUGGAAGUGCGUGACCUGCCGCAAACUCAGACGUGCUCCCUGUGGGCAGAAGAUGGCAGAACUACCCAAGGACAGAUUGGAUCCAUCCGCACCCUUCACCUAUAGCGCUGUAGACUACUUUGGUCCCUUCCUGAUUAAAGAAGGACGAAAGGAGCUAAAAAGAUGGGGGGUCAUCUUCACCUGUAUGGCAUCCCGCGCAGUCCAUAUCGAGACAGCUAAUUCGCUGAACACCGACUCCUUCUUGAAUGCCUACCGCAGAUUCACAUGUAGAAGGGGUCCAGUGAGACAACUCCGCUCCGAUAGAGGCACAAACUUCAUCGGUGGAAAGAAUGAACUGGACGCUGCCCUAGCCGAGAUGGAUCAACCCAAGAUUUCUCAAGAGCUGCUAAAGGACAGUUGUGAUUGGGUGACAUUCAAUAUGAACGUUCCCACAGCCAGUCACAUGGGAGGCACAUGGGAAAGGCUCAUCCGUUCAAUCAGACAGGCGCUCUCAACAUUGCUGCAGAAACAUGGGCAACAACUGGAUGAUGAGCUCUUGAGGACCCUCAUGACCGAGGCUGAAGCAAUUGUGAACAGCCGACCUCUCACCUACGUUGACAUGGUGGCCCCAGAUUCAGAAGAGCCCCUCACGCCAAGCCAACUGCUAACGCUGAAAAGCAAGGUAGUUCUCCCUCCGCCAGGAGUCUUCAUCCAACAAGAUCUUUAUUGCCGACGCCGAUGGCGCAGAGUCCAGUACCUUGCCAACCAGUUCUGGUCACGUUGGAAGACUGAGUAUUUGUCGACCCUACAAGAGCGGAAGAAGUGGCAGAAGGCUCAGCAGAAUCUGGAGAUAGGCAACAUUGUCAUGAUGGUCGACAACUCCACUCCCCGAUGCCAGUGGCAACUCGCUCGUGUGGUUGAGACGUACCCAAGCUCAGACGGUCACAUCAGGAAGGUCAAGCUCCAAACUGGUCGAUCUGUCUUCGAGAGGCCUAUCCAUAAGGUUGUACUACUGUUGGACCAGGGCCGCCCCGACGAGGAGCCAAAUGCCUGA